AUGGAGAAUCAAAACAAUAAUAAUAACAGUAGUAAUACUACAGCAACGACAACGGCACCAACAACAACAACAGCAGCAACAACAACAACAGGAGGUAAUAAUAACAAUAUAAAUAAUAUGAAUCAUACAAAUACAAAUACUAAUAAUGAACAAACGACUACUACUAUAAAUACUACAUUAUCAGUGAAUAGACCAAUACCAUCAGUAGGAGGAGGAAUGAAUAAUACUUUUAAUAAUAAUAACAACUCUAAUAAUAAUAAUAACAUGGUAAUGGAUCCAGUCAAAACGUUUGAACACUUGCUUAGAAAGUCACAAAGAUUGUUUAUUGGUUUAAGAGACUUGCCUCAAUUUGGUAGACAGUGGCAACCUUUCUUUCAAAAGACAUUUGAGUUAUAUACAAAACUUUGGAAACAUCAACAAAAAUAUAGAGCCAUCUUGGAGGACAAGAGUAAAUAUGGAUUAAAGAGAUGUGAAAUUGGUGAAAUUGCUUCUAAAAUUGGUCAACUUUAUUAUCAUUACUAUUUAAGAACUUGUGAUACCAACUAUUUAAAUGAAUCUUAUAUAUUUUAUGAAGCAAUUAGACUUCGAUCAUACUUUAAAGAUGUUUCUUCAUUGGAUCCAAAAGUACCAGAUAUGAUGGUAAAACAAUUAAGAUAUUAUGCAAGAUUUAUAGUGGUUUGUUUACUUUUAAAUCGAAAGAAAGUGGUAUAUGAAUUGGUAGAGGAAUUUUAUAAACAUGUCGAUGAAUAUACCAAACAAUACAAACCAAGCGAUGCUAAUGAAUGGAGUAUUGUACUUCAAGAAAUAUUUACCUUUUUACAAGCAGAACAAUGUAUUUCAAUUACUUCUGACAACACUGCUACCACCUCCACUACUGGUUCUUCUACAACUACCACCUCGUCUACGACCACUGCAACAGUUGCACCGGUUCAAAUAUCUCAUAGACUUUCAUCAAGUAAUAAUAUUACUCUUAAUGAAUCAACAUCAUCACCAUCGAUUACAUCAUCGACUACAACAACACCAAUUCUUCAACAGGCAAUACUUGUGAGUAAUCAUGCAAGUCAAAUCAAAUUUAGUGAAAUCACACUUGACAUGUUUAGAAUGGUUCAAUCUUUAGAAUAUGAUUUCCAAGAUACAAACACUAAUAAUAAUAAUAAUAACAUUGUAAAUGAAAGACAUCAAGAAAGCAAACAAGAAUUAUCAUCAUCAUCAUCAUCUGGUAAAAAGAAAAACCCUCAUAAAUAUUUAUUGUACAGACCUACCAUUUCCCAAUUAUUCCAAUUCUUAUCAAAUUCAACAAAGGAAAUGGGAGGAGCAUUAUUAUUAUAUCUUUCAAUAGAUGGAAUUAAAAAUCAAAUAGAUACUAGUGAUGUUAGAAGUGAACAAUAUUCCAAAGGUUUAUUAAUGAAUGUUCAAAAGAAUACUACAGAGGUUCAAUCAAAUAAUAAUAAUAAUAAUAAUAAUAAGUCAACCACUAAAAACCAAUCUCCACAAUCUCAACAACCAGUACAAUCACAACAACAACAACAAUCACAAGAUGUUAAAAUCGAUGCAUUGUAUCCAGUUGACAUUUUACCAUUCUGUAGAAGACCAUUCUUUUUAAUCAUUGAUUCACAAAGUAGUCAUAUCUUUAAUCAAUUGAUGCCACCAUUUGAUCAACCAUACGUUGCUUUAUUAUCUCCGAUAUCAACUCCAAAGAAAAUUUCAACCAAUCCAAAAAGAACAUCACCAUUUGGUAAUUUAUUUACAUUUUAUUUACAUGAUCCAUUGGGAGCAUUCUGUGAUACUACUGGAGUAUACAAGAUCUCGGCCAAGGGUCUUUCCAAUUAUCAAUCAAUUGUUCAACAAACACUUGUCAGUAUUUUGAAGCAAUUGACCGAGUGCACUACUUUGCACCAAUCCUAUCGAUAUUUCUUGGGUGAUGAUUUCUUGAAAACCUUUAUUCUUAGAUUCAUCUUUUGUCAUACAGUCUAUGCACUCCACAAGGAUUUCCAAUCCCCAAAACCAAUACAACCAACAACCCCCGAGGCAGAUCAAAACAUAUACCAAGUAUCAUGUCAACCACCACUCCCAACAACAUUUUCCAAUUCAAUCAUCCACCAUCACAUCAAUCAAUUAGCACAGGCAUUGAAUGUUGUCGAUCAAUUUAAUUUCAAUGCAGAUUUAUUAAAUACUUAUCAAACCAACAACAACAAUAAUAGUAACGGUAGUGGUCAACUAUCAAAUAAUGAAAUUGAAUCUACCAAUCAUCAAGCAACUCAAUUACAAAAAUUACAUAUAUAA